GUGGGAGACAAAUUGUCAUCCACUUCCGGCGAAGUGAAGCUAAGAAAGGACUACUUCCGGUAAUGGGCUGGCACUAGGUGAGUCUCUUCCGGUACUGUUGUUGAAGAACACCCUGCGCUUUCGGUAAAUGACUGGCGUGCAAACGGGGCAGAGGCUUUUUUUCUAGCACCUGGUUCUGGUCCCUCAGUUUCCGCUGCACUGUGUAACGAGAUACCUACACUUGUUUCUGUAGCCUCUCUUCUGUCUCCCAAGGUCUUUGAACUCAGUCCAGACCCAUCCAGCUUCUCUACCCUUUCCUCUCGGUUACUCGUUCCUCUUGGAAGCCUCGGAAGCCUCGUAAUCCUCAGAAGCACAGGGCUGUGAAGUCAGGAGCCACUCCCCGCCCAUCCUGCCCUCGCUCCCUCCCCGGGAAUCGACCUACCGAGGGCCUAGUAGCCCCCAGGAUCUCACUGAGAAGGAUUAACCACAUAGAAUCUGGAGAAGUCAGAUAUGGUGCUGACGAACCUCAGGUUAGCUAUGGAGCCUAUGAAUUUGAACCCUCCAGAGAUAAUGAUUGGCUGAUGGACCAUCUCAAGCCAGAGGUUCGAGAGGACUGAACUUGAAUUGUUAGGACACCAUGGCUAACCAGGCCAACACACUUCACUGAUCUCCUGCCCCUGAUACCUGUGCAGCCAUGGAAAAGAUGUCCCGGGUUACCACAGCCCUGAGUGGCAGUGCACUGACAGGCCGGACCAUGCACUGCCACCUGGAUGCACCAGCUAACGCCAUCAGUGUGUGCCGCGAUGCAGCCCAGGUUGUUGUGGCAGGCCGAAGCAUCUUCAAGAUUUAUGCCAUUGAGGAGGAGCAGUUCGUAGAAAAGCUGAAUUUACGUGUGGGCCGGAAGCCCUCGCUCAACCUGAGCUGUGCUGAUGUGGUCUGGCAUCAGAUGGAUGAGAACCUGCUGGCUACAGCAGCCACCAACGGUGUGGUGGUUACGUGGAAUCUAGGUCGGCCGUCUCGCAACAAGCAGGAUCAGCUGUUCACAGAACACAAGCGCACAGUGAACAAAGUCUGUUUCCAUCCCACUGAGGCCCAUGUGCUCCUCAGUGGCUCUCAAGAUGGCUUCAUGAAGUGUUUUGACCUCCGAAGGAAGGAUUCUGUCAGCACCUUCUCUGGCCAGUCUGAGAGUGUGCGGGAUGUGCAGUUCAGUAUCCGUGACUACUUUACCUUUGCUUCCACCUUUGAGAAUGGCAAUGUGCAGCUCUGGGACAUCCGCCGACCUGACCGGUGUGAAAGGAUGUUCACAGCCCACAAUGGGCCUGUCUUCUGCUGUGACUGGCACCCAGAGGACAGGGGCUGGCUGGCCACGGGAGGACGUGACAAGAUGGUGAAGGUCUGGGACAUGACCACACAUCGUGCCAAGGAGAUACACUGUGUGCAGACGAUCGCUUCAGUGGCCCGAGUCAAAUGGCGGCCUGAGUGCCGCCACCACCUGGCCACGUGCUCCAUGAUGGUGGACCACAACAUCUAUGUAUGGGAUGUACGCCGGCCCUUCGUGCCAGCUGCUAUGUUUGAAGAGCAUCGUGAUGUCACAACAGGCAUUGCCUGGCGCCAUCCGCAUGACCCCUCUUUCCUACUCUCUGGCUCCAAGGACAGUACGUUAUGCCAACACCUGUUUCGUGAUGCCAGUCAGCCUGUUGAGCGUGCCAACCCUGAGGGUCUCUGUUAUGGCCUCUUUGGGGACCUGGCCUUUGCCGUUAAGGAAAGCCUGGUGGCUGCUGAAUCUGGACGUAAACCCUAUGCUGGUGACCGGCGCCACCCCAUCUUCUUCAAGCGCAAGUUGGACCCUGCAGAACCUUUUUCUGGCCUCGCUUCCAGUGCCCUGAGUGUCUUCGAGACAGAGUCUGGUGGUGGCAGCAUGAGCUGGUUCGUGGAUACAGCUGAACGGUACGCUCUGGCUGGCCGGUCACUGGCUGAGCUCUGUGACCACAAUGCCAAAGUGGCUCGGGAGCUUGGCCGCAACCAGGUGGCACAGACAUGGACCAUGUUACGGAUUAUCUACUGUAGCCCUGGCUUGGUGUCUUCUGCCAGUCUCAACCACAGCAUCGGCAAAGGCAGCUCCUGUGGCCUACCGCUCAUGAACAGCUUCAGUCUGAAGGAUAUGGGCCCAGGGCUGGGCAGUGAGACACGGCUGGAUCGCAGCAAAGGGGACGCACGGAGUGACACGGCUCUGCUUGAUUCUUCAGCCACACUCAUCACCAAUGAGGAUAAUGAGGAAACUGAGGGGAGUGACGUGCCUGCUGACUACCUGCUGGGUGACGUUGAAGGAGAGGAGGAGGAGCUGUAUCCACUGGACACAGAACAUGUGCACCCCGAGGAACCUGAAUAUGUGCUGCCACAGGAGGCCUUCCCACUGCGCCAUGAGAUUGUGGACACACCGUCCGGACCCGAACAUCUUCAGGACAAGGCCGACUCUCCACACGUGAGCGGCAACGAGGCAGACACAGCUUCAUUAGCCCCGGUGGACUCCUCCUCCUCCCUCCUCUCCGUCUCACAUGCUCUGUACGACAGCCGCCUGCCGCCUGACUUCUUCAGUGCCUUGGUACGGGACAUGUUGCGCUUCUACGCUGAGCAGGGCGAUGUGCAGAUGGCUGUGUCUGUUCUCAUCGUGCUGGGAGAGAGAGUGCGAAAGGACAUCGAUGAGCAGACCCAGGAGCACUGGUACGCAUCCUACAUCGAUCUGCUGCAGCGCUUCUGUCUCUGGAAUGUGUCCAAUGAGGUGGUGAAACUUAGCACCAGCAGGGCAGUGAGCUGCCUCAACCAAGCCUCCACCACUCUGCAUGUCAACUGUAGCCACUGCAAGCGGCCCAUGAGCAGCCGAGGCUGGGUCUGCGACAGGUGCCACCGCUGUGCCAGCAUGUGUGCCGUCUGCCAUCAUGUGGUUAAAGGUCUGUUCGUGUGGUGUCAGGGUUGCAGUCAUGGUGGCCAUCUUCAGCACAUCAUGAAAUGGCUGGAAGGCAGCUCCCACUGCCCUGCAGGCUGCGGCCAUCUCUGUGAAUACUCCUGACCUGGCCUUCCCUAAGGCUGAUGCACUGUCCUCAGCUCAAUCCCGAUGUCCAUCGGACUAGGCUCACAGCCUCUUACCCAUCCCGUGUACCAGGAUGGAAGGUGGCUGCAACUUGUUAGCCCAAUAAAAAUCAAGAGCUGC